GAAAUAGACAUGGCUCUGUAAGGAGUUUUUGGUGUGUUUACGUUUCGAAUUUGGACAAGCUGAUGUUGCUGUCAAUUCUUCACAAAUGCUCAAAUGAAGUGUAACUUAUUUCAGAGUGUGUCCAUUUGGCUAUGAGAGUGUAAAAUGGAUUUUUCAGCUGAAAGUGAUAUUGAUUCUGCAGUAACACCUAUAGAGUUAUCUCCCCAUCACAGCCAUGGUCAGCAUUUGGAAUCUGACAGCUUGUCAGAGUUGUAUCUCAGUGAUUACAACAGACAGAGUCCCAAAUUCCGAAGGAAACCACCACCUCAUAGACCAAUGAAAUCAGGCAGACACAAACAUGGCCGAGACAGAGAAGAAAGUGACGAAGAUCCACCAGUACUGGACAGGGAGGAUCUGGGAAAUAUUUAUCAAGAACUCCAAGCAAUCAGUGACAAACUCAAAGCGGAGAACCGGAUAUUACAUGACCGAGAGGCCAAGCUGAAGGAGAGAGAGAGGAUGAUUGUCAUCUCCCAGUCCAACAUACAGACAAUAACAGACCAUGAAGUCAAACAGAGGUGCCAGGCUCUACAGCAGCAACAUCAAGAUGAGGUGGCAAAGUUAGAACAAGCCUUGAAGGAGAGAUUCAAAGAGAACAAGAGACUGAAGGAAAACUUUGAGACUUUAAAACAAGCCAAUGAUGCUCUCAAGAAGGAGCUAGAAAUAACCCAGACACAGAAAUUAAAGCUUGAGAAACAGGUCACAAGCUCCCAGGCUCGGCUUACAAACUUACAGAGGAAGCUAGAGUUUGACCAGCGACAGAGAGAGGGAGAUGUGCUCGGGUCGUCAACAGAAGUGUCUGGCAAACAGAGCAAGGCCAAACAGGAGCCUGAAGACAGACCAAAGCAACACAAAGUAUCCAAGGCAGGCACGCCGGCGUAUGACAUACUGUCUGCUCUGUUGGACUGGGUGUGUGAUGCCCACCUCCGUCAUGCCGUCACAGACCAGCCAACACAGCCUAUAGAGAGGUUCUCUGCUCCAGACUAUGUACAGGACAAAAUACUCAGGGUGUUACCCAGCCUUGUGGAGAUCCUGAAGGAGGUGCCCCUGACCAGCUCCAAGUUCUGUCUUCCAUGUCUGCAGUUCAUCUACUGGUCAUUAAUGAAUGUUGAACAAGGCCAUGGACAACAGAAAACUAGUCUAUCGUCAACCUUGCGUAGACUUGGUGAGGAAGUGUACAGAGCUCGAGCUCCUCGGAAUUCAGAGUCAGAGAAAUUACCAAGUUCAGUCCUAGACAGAGGAGAUAAACAGAAAGAGGGUUUGUUCUUCCGGAGUUCCAACCUUCACAUCCGUCUCCUGUCAUCUGUCAUCAUCCUGAAGACACUCACACAAGAAGUUCGUCACAAGAAACAGCCGUUUCUCGCGACUGUCACCUCAGUGUUCAUGGGUCCUGCAGUGGACAUCCUGCUACAACUGUCGACAGACUCACCAUUCACAUCGAGAUUCCUGGAGAGUUGCAGCACAGAACAUUGGUUCAGGACAGUAGCAAUGGUGCUACGGACACCGGUUUCGGAUAACAAGAUUGUGGAAAAACUCAGUAUCCUUCUUCAAAAACUGUCCAAAAUCAAAUCCAACAAACGAUUCUUUGAAGUGUACACAAUUGUGAGCAUUGUUCAGGAGAUGCUGAGAAACUCUGGCGGUGAUAACGCCUUCCUGUCUCUGAAUCUCAAGUCUAUGUUGUUCAAUCUCAAUGCCACAGUGAAGACAACAGAGAGAUAGUUCUAAGGGAAUCUGUGUUUUCAGUUGUUAUAAAUAUCCCUUGCUGAAAACAUACAUGUUCAUGUUUCGGGGUAGAUUUCAGGGCUGAACAGGCCCUUUCCCAUGUUUGCUGUAUCAGCUUAUAUGUGAGGUCUUGAGGUCAGCUGACAUUUACCUGCUCUAUUUUGGGGGUCCAAGGGUAAUUUAAAAUGUCACUGUGGCAUAAAACAGCAUCCACAGACUGUCAGUGGCUCAAGGAAGAAUUCAUAGUAUUGAAGACCGCUGUUCGGGUAUGCAAUGAUGUCCAAAUCCUGUAAAUAGACUGUAUAAUGUCUGUGUAAUAUAUUGGACUAUUCUCUCUAAUACUCAUUGUUUAUGAUGAGUGAGGUAUGUACAAAGUAAUGAUACCGGUCAUCCCUUGGUUGAUGCAUGUCAUAUACCAGUUGUGUAGAUCGAUGCUCAUGACAUCAAUCACUGGAUUGUCUGGUCCAGAUGCAAUGAAUUACAGACCACUGCUGUAUUGCUGGAUUAACUGCAGUCUCAAACAGCCAACAAAGCAAAGAAUCUUGUCAUUUGUUCCAAUCUGAUUUCCAAUAACAUAGAUUGUUCUUUUAUUUAUCAUAGUCCUUGUUGCAGCACAUGGAAAUUCUCAAUAAGUACACAUCUCUAUGUCUCAGUAUGUGUAUAAAGCUAUUAUUUGAUAGUGAAGCAAAUGAUGUCCAGUAAUUCAGACUGCUUCAUUCUGUUGAUAAUAGAAUAUCGCCUUCUCUGUCCAUGACAUUGUCAUUAUUGGUUUGAGAGAUGUAUUUGUAAAUGUCUGUACAUUACUGCAAUGACUUGAUAAUCAAAAGUUUAUAUUGUGUACAUUCUGUAUACCCAUCAGUGUACAAAGUGUUUUUCUGCAUGUAUUUGUGUAAAUUAUACUGUUAUUUAUUACAAAACAAAACAUUUAUGCAGUGAACAAGGAAUUCUAAGAAAAUAUCAUUAAAGAAGUACCAGUAA